GUUGCCAUAUCGCUGCUUCCUGGACGGAGGCAGGGGGCGUCCAGGGUUCGUCCAUCUAUUAAUACUGAGCGCCUCCACAGCUGCGGGUGUGACUACAUUUGGAGCGACAGUCCGGUGGGGAGGGACCGCCGGUCUCACUUCACACGGAGCUCAGCAUGAGCAAUGUCUCACCCACCAAGGACCAGCUUGUUCUGCAACCUCUGAUCGGUGGACUCUCAGCUAAGAAAGUCUUUAGGUCCGAUGGAAUCUGAAUUUUACCGGAGGAAAGUUUGGCUCCUGUGUGAAAAGUGGAAAAAGAACAACCCGUCUGCUUUCUCUCCCUAAAUGCUUUGCAAUCAUUCGAGGAGCAGAGAAUCGACUCGAAUCCUCUUGAGGGAACAUGGAUGCAGUGGAGAACCCGGUCCUGGAGCCCAGAUCGGAGCGGAUCGCUCGCUAUAAAGCCGAGAGGAGGCGAGAACUCGCCGAACGCUUUGGCAACAUGGAGGAGCUACCUUCCAAGUGGGUGAGGAGGGAUGAGACAGACCCAGCGACCCAAGCCCACAGUGGAGGGACUUUGAACUCAGAUGGCCUCAGUGAAAGAGUUAACGGCAGGACAAGAGGGGUUACGAAUGGAUUAGAGGACCCUCUUGCAGAGUCCAACCACUUGAGAAGGCAGGGUUCCCCGGACUCUGCCAGCAUGCUGAGUGGGGAGGGGCAACCCGUCCCUGUUGGACUCGAUGCCCCGCAGCUCCACACUCGGGUGUCGGUGGGCCAGUUGAGAAGUGCUCUUCUGCAGCAGACGGCGAGCGGAGCGCAGCCCGAGAAAGUUUGCCCUGAUGCUGGGCGAGCCACUUCCUCUCUGGAUCUGGCUAUGAAGCCGGGCCCUGACGGGGGGCGGCGUCGCUCUCGGCGUUACCUCCCCGGCGGGCCAGGUGGCAGUCGCAAGACCAGCGAACGCUUCAGGACGCAGCCGAUCACAGCCAAUGAGAUGGAGGAGAGCAGCGGGCUGUUGGACGCAGAGGAAGAGGAGAACUGUAAAGCUGAUGUGAAAACAGACGACAGAGCCAAAAUGAGCGUUGCAGCCAAGAUGUCUUUGUUUAAAGAGCUGGAGAAGUCUGCAGCGCCCGAGGCUUCGGCCUUCCUGAAGCCUCGCUCGGGCAGCGUCUGUCAUGAGCGCAGGGUGCGCCGUGGCAACGACCAUCGCUUCCUAACUCAGCCAAUCACCUGUGAGGAAAUCGUGGCUAUCAGCGCCCCCAAACCAGCACUGCCAGUGGAGUCCCAGUGUGUGCAGGCUGAGUCAGUGGAGGACAGCGAUGAGAACAGCAAGCUGAGCAUGAGCGAGAAGCUGGCCCUCUUCAACAAACUGUCGCUGCCGGGGAGGGAGGCAAGCGGCCCCGCCGACGGGCCCCCAGAGAGACGAAGGCAGAAGGGGGCUCGGUACCGAACACAGCCCAUCACUGUGGAGGAGGUCAACCUACUCCAGAAAGGCCCCGUACAGCUUCCUGCCUUCUCUUUGUCCCCUCACCUGUCCGACAGACAGCAGGUCUCGUCUGUCAACCUAAAACCCAGCGAGAUACGCCUCUCCCAGCCGAGACUUGACGCCGGUCCUGCGCCCGGGCCACCUGAUGGCCCGACCCAGCAGGACCUGCAGCUCCACGACUCAGAGCCAGUCCUGAGAGGAAUCCUGAAGAAGAGCAGCUCCGGAGGCUCAGAGCGGAGCAGGACGGAGGGCGGUUGGACGGAGGGCAGUUGGACGGAUUCACCAUCCGGCCAUGAGCAGAAUGGUGGAGGCUGUGAAGAAGCAGAGAUACGAGGGAGGAUGGAGAGCACAGAGCGCCAGGAAAUUACUGCACCGCCACGAAGAGUGAGACGCGAGGCGCCAGGUGUGGAAGCUGCUGCUCCCUGGAGGCAGAGAGCUCGAACCAGGAGGGAAACCAUUGCCUGUACACCGAUAAGAGCCUUAACAGAGCAGGACGCUCCGCAGGAGGAGACGCCCUGCCACAAAGAGCUGCAGGAGCACAGCUCAGAUACUACGGGGAGAGUUCAGCAUCAGAAUGAGGAGGAGAGUGUGGGGAGGAUGAAUGAAGAAACCAAGGCCAUGGGUCAUGUUCAGGUCACACUGGUAGACAGCACCGUUAAACUGCAGGAGACGACCAACACCAGCAGAAGUAAGGAAGAGACAGAAACCCUUCAUGUGGACAGCGUCAACCCUCAGUGCUGGGAGCCCGUCUUUGCCUCUGUCUAUUCUAGCAGCACACCCCAAUAUAUCAUGUGUUUCAACCAGACGAAUCUGUCCUUUGAGGCACAAGAAGUCUCCUCUCCUACCCAGAACCAGACUGAGCCUCAGUGGAGACAGAAGGCUAAGGGAAUUGAGGAUGAGAUGGACGAAGCUGAGGAAAUGAACACAGAGCAGGAAAGGAAAGAGCAAGAGGACAGAUGUCUGGCCAAGAGAGGAUCUCCAGAAUCAGACAGGAAUGACUCCUCUCAUAACCAAGGACACCCUGAAGCUCCAACGUGCUCAUCUGAAGAAAUCUCCAUGCAGCCUGAGAUGGAGUUUGAAGCUCCUCAGAGCUCUUUGAUCUCAGUGGCUCCUCACGAGGUGAAGGAGGAGACGCCUGUGGAUGAAUCAAACACGUUUGGCGGCGGUUUCUACAGAGAUCAGUCGACUCCCUCGGCCUGCGCCCCCCCACCCUGUGGAGACGUCGCUGCUGCAGAGAGUGAGCAGGACCUGGGUGUCCUCUGCCAGACCAACACACCCAUAUUGACCUCAGCAGUAGCGGAGCACAGGCGGUCGGUGCGUCCGUCCCGUCGGACUCAGGGCUCCAGGAACCCUCUGAGGGCUCUGGCUGCCCGGGAGGACAUCAUGCAGGACUACAUGGGAGAAAGAGUCAACAACACAGCUGCUGAGGAGAGCAGCCAAGCAGAGAAGAAGUCCAAAAACUCCUCCGUGGCUGAUUCACAUCCUUCCAGAUCAGAAGACUUCGUCUCUUCCACCGAUACGACCAAGUCUUCUCCUCCCUUCAGCAGCAUGAUGCUCAUUCUCAUCAAAGGUAGGCGGCAUGUCCAGGUGCGUCUGGUGGAGCCGUCAGUGCGCUCGCUGAACAGCGGAGACUGCUUCCUGCUAGUCACUCCGGAGCAUUGCAUCCUGUGGAGCGGAGAGUUUGCCAAUGAACAAGAGAAAGCCAAGGCCUCUGAGCUGGCGUCGUCCAUCCAGAGUCAGAGGGAUCUGGGCUGUCAGGCCUCCGAGGUGGUCCACCUGGAGGAGGGCCUGAACUGUGAAAGCACCCUGGCUGCAGACUUCUGGAGCCUCCUAGGAGGAAGGACCCAAUACAGAGGAGCCAGUGCAGAAGAGGAGGAUGAGCUCUAUGAGAGCGGUGUGGUGGAGUCUAACUGUGUGUACCGGCUGGUGGAGAACAGACUGGUGCCUCAUGAUCAGACCUGGGCCUCCAUCCCCAGCAUCGCCCUGCUGGGCUCCAAUGAGGCCCUGGUGUUUGAUUUCGGCAGCGAGGUGUACCUGUGGCAGGGACAGGAUGUUUCCCUCAGCAGGAGGAAUGUGGCUCUGCAGCUGACUCACCAAGUGUGGGUCGGAGCUUAUGACUACAGCAACUGUCGAGUCAAUCCACUGGAUCCCACGCAGUGUAACCCCGACACACAGCGGAUGGGAGAGGGGCGUCCCAGCUGGGCGUUGUUCGGUUGUGUCUCAGAGCACAACGAGACGGCUCUUUUCAGGGAGAAGUUCCUGGACUGGACCGGCGGGAGUGGAGGCGUGGAGGAGGCUGCUGCAGUGAACAAAGAGACACCGCACGUCCCAGUUCAGACAUCCCAGUCCACGGCGUCCCCAUCAUCAGACGUCCUGAGCGCUUGUGACGCUAAAGCUCUAGUGUCGGGUCAGUCACUGGAAGGGGACGGCUUGGUCCACAAUGUGUUGUCUGGGGUUGAUGUACAGAGAGGGCACGGGGUCAUCAUGCUGGAGGAAGGACGCCAGAUGGAGUUGAAAACAGUCGCUGUGGACACGUGGCACGUCCAGGAGUUUGACGACAGUGAAGUUCCCGUGGAGAGCUCCGGACAGCUCCACGAAGGAGACUCCUACGUUAUCCGAUGGACAUACAGCAUCAACACUGUUGAUAAGAUGAACAGCACUGAUGAGUGUACCAGCGGUCCCGGACCAAAAGAAAACACCGCCUUCUUCCUGUGGCGGGGCCGUCACUCCAGCGUCAGCGGACGGGACACCGCUGCUUUCCUGUCCAUCGGGAUGAACAACCAUGAAGACUCACAGGUGGUGGUACCUCAGGGGAAGGAACCUCCCUGUUUCCUGCAGCUUUUCCAGGGAGGCGUUGUCAUUCACAAGGGCAAGCGAGAGGAGGCUUCCACUAAUGCAGCAGAGUGGCGUCUGUUCUGUGUGCGAGGAGAGCUCCCAGAGGAAGGCUCUCUGCUGGAGGUGGACUGCUGCUGUGCAGGUCUGAGGUCCAGGGGCUCUGUUGUGCUCCUCAACAGCCAGCAGGGGGUGCUGUACCUCUGGACUGGCUGUAAAGCUCACAGCAGCUCCAGAGAGGUCAGCAAGAGGGCAGUGGAGCAUCUCACUCAGAUGUGUCCUCCAGAGUUGGGUCUCAGUAAAAGCAGCCCUGUGACGGUGCAGGUGGUGGAGGAAGGGUCGGAGCCUGCAGACUUCUGGACAGCGCUGGGACAAAUGGACAGGAAGGCCUACGACUGCAUGCUGCAAGAUCCAGGAAAGUAUAACUUCACACCUCGCCUGUUCUACCUGAGCGCCUCCUCUGGGAGUUUCCAGGCAGAGGAGCUGCAGAGUCCAACGCGGCUGCCGGGUCUCGUCAUGGCAACGCCCUUCGUCCAGGAGAGUCUGUACUCUGUACCACAGCCGGCCUUGUUCCUGCUUGACAACCGUCUGGAGGUCUACCUGUGGCAGAGGGGUCAGCCCGAGCAGACGGAGAGCUCGGCUUCGGCCUGGAGCUGCUGGCAUGACGAGAGGAGGUGUGCCAUGCAGACGGCGCUGCAGUACUGCAAAGAGAUGAACCCAAGACGCCCACCGCAGGCCUACCUCAUAUUUGAGGGGUUAGAACCUCUCACCUUCACUAACGUGUUCCCCCGCUGGGAGAGGAGCCUGGGACCCCACACACAGGGCGAUGCGGGGCGGAUGAAGCUGACCUUGGUGCAGGACGCCCUGGCCCAGCUCAUGAAGACCCAGUACCCUCUGGAGGAGCUGCUGCGGAGCCCAUUACCUGAAGGAGUGGACCCCCAGCGCCUGGAAGUCUACCUGUCUGAUCAAGACUUCCAGACUAUUUUGGAAAUGAAGAGAGAUGAAUACGCUUCCCUCCCAGACUGGGAGCAAAUUGAUCUGAAGAAAAGCAAAGGGCUGCUUUGCUAGACAGCGAAAACAAAUGGAGGCUGACAGACGCUCCUGCAGCAGGGACUUCCUCCUCCACCGAGAAGGGAAGAUGGCAGGGGGGUAUUAGCACCAUGCUGCUGCACAAAGGACUGCUUACAACAGAAUAAAAAGAGGAAAGAAAUUCACUUUUAUUUAUGUCAAACUAGUAUGAGUGUGUGGACUUUUUAUCAGACGUGGAUUUCUCUGUAGCAAAAAAACAAAAUGCAUUUUCCUAUGAAACUUAAUUUUAUCUGUACAAAUCAAUGAAAGAUAAAAAGACAGAGCGAGGGAAGGACAUCAGUAACAAACUGUGGGAUGAGGAUGAGAAAACAAAGGAGUGCAUACAAAAAAGAUCGAUGCUAAUAAACAAUGUAAACAAGAAAAAAAUAAAAGGCUAACCACUUUCUAAAGGUUUCCUCCUCGAUCGAUACCUUUCCAUCAAAACAUCUCAGAGAUAGUUGCUUAAUUUCAGUUAACACAUUUUAAAAACUGCUGCUUUUCCUCCUGAUUGUCACCAAGUGUGUUUGACUCCAUAAUAUAUGAUGUGUGUUUUACAGUCGUGUGUCAUAUGAUGUAGUGAUGUGUUCAUUUGUCUGCCAGCCUUGUGUGUACAAAGGUUUGUGCCAUGUGUAUUGUAGCUUAAGCCCAUGUGCUCAUGGGUAGGCUAAUGCCUUAUUAGGCCUCCUUGGGGAUUCAUUCUUAGCUAUGCAUGGGAGAGCAAGGUAGACAUGCUCCAAUAACGUCCCUCUGGCCCAAAACAACACGCUAAUUCUGCUCCACCUCAAUCAACACACUGUUCAAAACCGCCUCAUAACACGACAAUACAUAAAGACAUACUGUAUCUCCAUAGUGUGUGUGAAGGCUCAAUAUUUCUGCUGAUGGUGAUGUGAUUUAAAUGUCUUGGUCUACUUUGAUAUGUGUGUUAAUCCUGGAUGAUUGUAGAUAGAAACAGCAGCUACAGGUGAAUUUGAUAAAAUUUUAG